AUGGAGGAGACAGAGGAGUACUACGACGAGGAUGGCCCUGGCAAUGACGAGGAUGAGAACGUGCAGAGGGCGCGCCUCUCUCUCGCCAGCAUCUUUGGCGAAGCAGAGGUCUUGGAAGUGGACGAAACACAGCAGGACGAGUCACUCCUGCUGGCGAACUGCGGCCUGUCGGACGAGACGGUGGCGGCCUUGGGCAAGCGCAACAUAAAGGCGCUCUUCCCCAUCCAGAAGCAUGUCUUCGGACCCGCGCGCGCCGGGCGCGACCUCAUCGGACGCGCGCGUACCGGCUCCGGCAAAACUCUCGCCUUCGCGCUGCCGGUGCUCGAGAAUCUGCUCAAGGAGAACAGCCAGAGCCCACCACAGAGGGGCCGGUCCCCCCGCUGCAUAAUCCUGGCGCCCACGCGCGAGCUGGCCAAGCAGGUCGAGAAGGAGUUCCAGGAAUCCGCGCCCGGCCUCAACGUCGGCUGUUUCUACGGAGGUGUGGACAUUGGCGGGCAGAUCAGGCAGCUGCGUUCAGGGGUGGAUGUUGCGGUGGGCACGCCCGGCCGAGUCAUCGACCUCAUCAACCGCAACUGCCUUGACCUCUCCCUGACCCGGUUUGUCAUCCUGGACGAGGCGGACAUGAUGCUUUCCAUGGGAUUCAGCGAGGACGUGGAAAUUAUUCUGGACAGUGUGCCGGCUGAGCGCCAGACCAUGCUCUUCUCUGCCACAAUGCCCUCCUGGGUCAAGAACAUCACACGCAAGCACCUCAAGAACCCGGCCCUCGUGGACCUCGUGGGGGACGCGCAGAGCGGCAAGAUGCCCGACGCCAUCAAGACGAUGGCUGUGCACGUGACGCAGGAGGCCAGACGCAGCAUUCUGGUGGAUCUGAUAACUGUGCACGCGCUGGGCGGCAAAUGCAUUGUUUUCACACAGACGAAGCGUGAGGCCGAUGAAGUGGCGGCGUCACUUUCGCUCGUACACCCCUGCGAGGCGCUGCACGGUGACAUCUCACAGGCUCAGCGCGAGCAGGUGCUCAAAAACUUCAGGAAUGGCAAGUUUACAGCGCUCGUCGCCACAGAUGUCGCCGCUCGCGGCCUUGACAUCCCAGACGUCGACCUGGUGGUGCACUAUGACCUGCCACGCGACACAGAGGCGUUCCUGCACCGCUCCGGCCGCACCGGCCGCGCCGGCAAGACCGGCAGCACGAUCGCCGUCGUCCUGCCGCGGGACCGCUCCUACUUCCGCCGCAUGUGCGCAGAGAUCAAGCUCAAGGAUGUCGAGUACAUAUCUUCGCCGAGCCCCUCCGCCGUAAUGGAGGCAUCUGCCAAGCAGGUGCUGAGGCGGCUGGACAACGUGGAUGAGAAGGUGAUUGAGUUCUUUGCGCCGGCGGCCAAGCUGGUGUUGGAGAGGGGUGACAAACACGACGCCAUGUGCCGCGCUCUCGCUGCCCUCUCUGGGCUCAUAGAGGUGCCCAAGCCUCGCAGCCUGAUCACACAGGAGGUGGGAUUAGUCACAAUGCGCGUCAUGUCUCGGCCGGGGCGCAUCACUCUCCCCGGGCACGUCAUGACGAUCGUGCGCAAUGUCAUCGGCGCUGACGGCGUCACCGGCCUCGGCCGCGUGCGCCUGCUGCAGGACGAUCGCGCCGGCAUGGAGGGUGCGGCGUUUGACGUGCCUCAGGAGAUUGCAGACAAGAUGAUGGAGAAUGUGGAGGAGCUGACUAAGCGCGGUUUCGAGCUGGACAUGCCCAUCUCACUCCCAGAAGAGCCCUUCCGCGGCGGCGGUGGCGGCGGCGGCGGCCGGGGUGGCGGCCGUGGCGGAUACGGAGGUGCCAGGAAUCAGGGAGGCUACGGCAGGAGUAGCGGGGGAUACAGCAGCAGGGGUGGUGGCGGCGGCGGCUACGGCGGCGGCGGUGGUGGUGGUGGUUACGGGUCACGAGGAGGUGGCAGCUACGGCGGCGGUGACCGUAGGAGUAGCUACGGGGGCGGUCGCAGCGGCGGCGGUGGCGGCGGCAGCAGAGGCUAUUCCGGCGGGGACUCGUGGUAGAUACGCGAUCACCCCCGGGGGCUUUGCACUAUUACGCGCAAUACAGCCGGCGCCCAUUUUGCUGGAGCUGAGAAUCAGCUCAGCUGUGAUGCGCUGCGCCCUUGGCAGAUAUAGCACAGCUAUGCUCUGAAUAGAGUUGGAGGGAAGGGCUCGCAUAAUGGGGCCUCAAGGGCAGGCUUGCUGGAAAGAAGCACAUUCUUUGCGUCGCUGGCCCUUCUGCCGUGGGAUUAGUGCGUUCGACUGCAAGAGCUAUUCCCGCAGCAGAAUGUGUUUCGAAGUCCUCAAGUGGGCGUCAGGGACAGGCAAGAUGCAAAGUUAUAAUUGGCAUCUUGGGCUCUUUGGCAAUUCCAAGAAAUUGCUCUAGAGGGACGCGCUGCCAGCAACUCGCAGUGUCAUGCACCAUGGCCUGCAAUUUUUACUGGGCAGCCACAAUUCUUUGUCCUAGCAAUUCGACCAUGUACACUAGGCAGCAGCUGCUGCUAAUUGGACAACUAUAGGCUUCCUGCGUGGCGGGUGCAUCACUGAAGUGAGCUUUACUGGGAGCCUAUGCAGCCAGCAGUGAAGGUUGUUGUCGGAGAAAUUAAUCGUUCCACUCGGCUGGUGCUGACUGGCUAGUUGUCCCCUCUCUGAUUUCAGGUGGGUUGUGAUGAACUGAAUGCAUGCGAAGAUGGUCUUGACUUCCUUAUAUACUAGGUGCACGAGAACUUUAGUGACAGAAAUCAAUCUACAGAGGUUCCAUGCCCCACUAAUACUCAUAAGCAAUGUGGAGGAGAUCUCUGGCUAGGAGAUGAGACAGGGGGAAAAUUUAGAUAAUUUUGGACUCAAAUUUGUGGAUGGGUUCAUGAUUGUUGCACCUGGCACCGUUGCAAUGCUGUAAUGGAAAAUUGCUC